UGGGCUGGGCCUGCGGGGGGAGCGGACGGGCCAUGUCGGCGGCCGAGGGGGCCCGGGAGGGCGGCCGGGAGGGCUCGGGGCUGGAUGGCGGCCUCCUCAACCGCUUCGUGCAGCUGCCGGGCAGGCCGCGGUCGGCGGGCCACAGAUCUCCACCAGCAAGAAGUGGCCACCGUUGUGUUGCAGAUAGUGCCAACUUGUAUGUGUUUGGGGGCUACAAUCCCGACUACGACGAGUCUGGCGGGCCCGAGAAUGAAGACUAUCCCCUCUUCAGGGAGCUCUGGAGGUACAACUUUGCUACAGACACCUGGCAUCAGAUGGGCACUGAAGGCUACAUGCCCAGGGAGCUGGCCUCCAUGUCACUUGUGUUGCAUGGCAACAACCUCCUGGUGUUUGGGGGCACUGGGAUCCCCUUUGGGGAGAGCAAUGGCAACGACGUCCACGUCUGCAACGUCAAGUACAAGAGGUGGGCUCUGCUCAGCUGCCGGGGAAAGAAACCCAAUCGGAUCUACGGCCAGGCCAUGGCCAUCAUCAAUGGUUGUCUCUACGUGUUUGGAGGAACAACUGGUUACAUUUACAGUACUGACCUACAUAAGCUCGACCUCAACACUAGAGAGUGGAUCCAGCUGAGACCAAACAAUAUGUCCUGUGACAUGCCAGAAGAGAGGUACAGGCACGAGAUCGCACACGAUGGUCAGCGGAUUUAUAUCUUGGGAGGUGGAACUUCCUGGACAGCCUACUCCUUAGAUAAGAUCCAUGCCUACAACCUGGAAACCAACACCUGGGAGGAAAUCACCACAAAACCUCAUGAAAAAGUUGGUUUCCCAGCAGCCAGAAGGUGCCACAGCUGUGUCCAGAUUAAAAAUGAUGUGUUUGUUUGUGGAGGCUACAAUGGAGAAGUCAUUCUGGGAGACGUUUGGAAGCUGAAUCUCCAAACUUUCCAGUGGGUCAAGCUCCCAGCUGCCAUGCCAGAACCAGUGUAUUUCCACUGUGCUGCAGUCACACCAGCUGGCUGCAUGUACGUCCACGGAGGGGUGGUCAACAUCCAAGAAAACAAAAGGACUGGCUCUUUGUUUAAAAUGUGGCUGGUGGUUCCCAGCCUGCUGGAACUGUCCUGGGAGAAGCUCCUGGAGUAUUUCCCUCACCUAGCAGCUCUCUCCAGAUCUCAGCUUUUGCACCUUGGACUGACACAGGGACUCGUUGAGCGACUAAAAUGAGACCAUCUCAUGCUUCUCUGCCCCAAGACACACUGAAGUUCAAGAAGCCCCUUCCCACCCCUAACCCCCCUCACCCCUAUUUAUGGAGACCAUGGAUGGUCUUGCUAAGAACGUGGAGGAACCUGCUCAGCGCCUUACUUAGCAAAUACAGAGAUGCCUUUCUAGAAAUGCUUCAGUUCUUGGAAACCCCACUUUUUAUUUAUGGAUCUCUACUCAUUAAAAAAAAACAAGGUGUACUCCCUCUGGGACUAAUCCAGAACAUCCAGCCAUCAAACUGGGCCCCAGCACGUGCUCACCACUUCACUGGGGAGCCUAAUGAAUGUCCCUGCUUACCCGUGGCAAAUUCAUGAUGUUCUCAAGAUGUAUCUUAACAGAGGACACUGCAGAGCAACAGCCAAGCCCUUCUUCUGCUUUGGGUGACACUCAUCAUUCCCCUCCCCCCCCAACUCCUGGCUGAGCUCUUGAAGGCUUUGCAUGUGUUUCCAUGGGCAUGUUCCCACCUCUUGGAGCUUCAGAAGAUGGUUGGAAGGUGGGGCAGGGCAGCCAGCCAAGCUCUUGCCCCUGCAGCUUUUCUGGUGCAGUGGUUUGAACCUCCCCCCCCCACCAGGUCUUGUGUUCCUCACCUUUUCAUGGUGAAAAGUUGGCUUGGAAAGACUGCUCCAAAGUUGCCACUUUCUGGACUAUGCUGUAGUUUCCUGGGCUUGGGGAGGGAAAAGGUUUGGCUGAAUCUUUUAUUUAACCCUUUCUGCUCAUCACUGCAAAAACUCACCCUGGAGAGUCCAAAGCUGGCUUUUAACCUGCAGCAUCUUCUACCUGUGAGCUUUUUGUUUCCCUACACACACACACACAUCACACCUUGGUCUUGUUCUAGGUGGCUUCAUGUUCCUCUGGGGGUGGGGGAUGUGAUUGCUGCCUGUGGGCUUCAUGGGGGUCCUUGGAAGCUCGUGGAUCACUCAUCCCAGGAAACACAGCAGCAAGAGAAGGGGAGAGGAAACAUCUCACCCUCCUGGUGGGGGCAGUGGUCACCUCUGCCCAGGCAGAGGAAGGGAUGCCUGUCUGUCUGUCUGGUUGUCUUGCUGUGCUUCACCUGUGAAGUCAAGCUCUGGAGACCACCUUUAAGUGACCAUCCAGCUCCUCCUCAUGGCUGGCAAAAUCCUUUUCCUUUGGAGACCAUUUUUAAGUGCCUUUUUUUUUUUCUGUUUUUGUUUGUUUUGUUGUUUUGGUUUUUUUAAAUUCAGCUUUUCCCAGGACCUUUCCAGCAGAGGCAAAGGUCAGACUCGGGGGGGGGAGGUUGAGUUUCUUUUUAAGAGGCUGCAUUUAUGUUUAAAUAAACCAUAACAUUGACUCCA